AUGAGAAAUAAAAUUUACGUCGUCAUUCACAAAAUCCUAUUCAGAACACUGAACCAUCAGUACGAUUACACAUUCGACUGGACAAUGCUUAAACAACGUUCACUACAAAAUCCUGGCAUGACAGCAAUCGCUCAUUCGGGUGCAACAAACGAUGAAAAUGAACGUCGUAAUAAGGAGAAGCAACCAAGUGAAACUGAGUUGAAAUAA